UUUUUUGAUAUUGCUAUCAAUAACAAUCCCGCAGGUAGAUUAACUUUCAAGCUCUUUUCUGACACUGUACCCAAGACUGCUGAAAACUUCCGUGCACUUUGUACCGGUGAAAAAGGAAUGGGUCAAUCUGGAAAGCCUCUCCAUUAUAAGGGUAGUAAAUUCCACCGUAUUAUUCCUGGUUUCAUGGCUCAAGGUGGUGAUUUCACUUUGGGUGAUGGUCGUGGUGGUGAAUCCAUCUAUGGUCGCACUUUUAAUGAUGAAAACUUCACUUUGAAACAUACUUCCAAAGGUCUUUUGUCUAUGGCCAAUGCUGGUCCUAACACUAACGGAUCUCAAUUCUUCAUUACUUUUGACGAAACUCCUUGGUUGAAUGGUGCUCAUACUGUGUUUGGUGAGGUUACUGACGGUAAGGAACUUUUGAACAAGUUGGAAGGUCUUGGUAGUCAAAGUGGCCGUGUUGUUGAUGAAGUCAAGAUUGUCGAUUGUGGUGAAAUCAAACAAUAGAUUAGAUUAUGUUAUAAUAUAAGAUGAUAUAUGACAAUAAAAUGACCAUUUUUUUUUUUUAUCUUCAA